AUGGCGCCGCCUCCUCCUGCCAACUUGCCUCUCGGCGAGAGAAUCCUAGCUCUCGCCAAAACACUGCAAUUUGCUUGGUUUAGCGGGCAUCUGGUUCUCAUGCUCUGCAUCGUCCGCUAUGUGCUGUCAUACAUUACCUUCAACUACUAUAGCGGCUGGGCCCGGUUUACCUACCGCCUCUCUUUUAUAUCGGCCGCCAUGACCUACGGCAUAGUCGUUUACAAGACGUGGCGUGCGAGGCAAAAGGUCGGAGCCAAAUUCCCCUCUGGCGGUAUCAUCGGCCUCCUAGCCGAGGAGAAUGUGCAGUAUCUCGCCAUGGCUCUGGUAUGGCUUCUAGCGCCCCAAUAUCCCCUUGCGCUACUGCCUUACGGAAUCUACUCUGUCUUCCACGUUGCCACCUACCUGCGCAGCAAUGUCAUCCCGACCAUCCAGCCCGCAAAGGCCUCGGCUGGUGCCAAGCCGCAGCCGAACCCGCUCGCUGAAGCUAUCGGCACCUUCGUCAAGACUUACUACGACGCCUCCAUGUCUAUUGUCUCGGGACUAGAGAUCCUCCUCUGGAUCCGCAUCUUACUUUCCGCCGUGCUCUUCCAGAGUCGCUCUUGGAUCCUCCUCGGUUUGUACACGGCGUUCCUACGAGCACGAUUCGCUCAGAGUGCCCACGUGCAGAACUCAUUCAGCGCAUUGGAACUUCGCGUAGACUCGAUGGUUGGCGCUCAGGGAACUCCACCAGCUGCUCGAUCUGUCUGGGAUGGUGUCAAGUCAGGAGCGCGCCAAUUCCACGCCGCCACCGACCUUAGCAAGUACUCGAACGGCUCCGGUGUACCAAAGAAGACAUCUUAA